AUGGUUUCGAAUCCAAACGAGGCUGCAGCAAUAAUAAUCGAAACUUCCGUACUGAGAGAUUCAACUGAUACCAAGAUGAAUUCUGUUAACGUGGCACUUCCUGCAUCAUAUUCAAACAGCGUGGCAAAGCUACCCAUGGACUUAACUGACAUUGAGGACGACACUGAUCAGAAGGAAGAUAAUGUCAACAAGGGCGAUGAAGAAGCCACAGCAACUGAAACUGUAAGCCUGAAUGAAGGAUCAGUGGAGAUGAAUUCGGUCACUGUGACAGCACUCUCUGAUAACAUCGAAGAAUACGACGAAGUUCUGCACAACUUCGAUGACUUUGAUCUUUACAAGCUGGACUAUGAAUCAGAUCAUGAUGAGCAAGACGAGGGGCUCGAGAGUCUGCAAUCACCUAUACCAAAAUCGAAACAACCCUGCGCGGCAUCCUGGCCCAUUGCGGCAGGUGGAGAAGUUCUGAAACCAGGAGAUCACGUUUACAUGUGGUGCACCAUGUAUCAGCACCAUGGGAUUGUUCUUAGUGCCGAGUCAACUGCCGAUCCAUCACACCUCCUUAUCGCCGAAUUUACAAAUCUAGCAUUGGCUCAAGCAAAUAAUUUUAUGGUGUCAUCGUCUGCGGCAUCCGGAGCCACAGUGGGAAGCGGCGCUACAAGUGCCUUUCGAUUUGUCAAGGAAACUGAAACCACCAAAUGGCACAAGAUGAAAUACCAGGCCAAUCCAUUGGAAUGUGUCACCUGGAGACCAGGAACCUGUAGCGCUGCCAAACCAUCCGGGGCUCAAAAGGUUUUGUUGCGAGUGCAAUUUCUACAUGAUUGUAGGCACCUUUUGCCGGAAUACCACCUAUUGUCGAGCAAUUGUGAAACUGUGGCAUUCUGGUGUGUGACAGGGAAAUGGGAAACCUUGCAGUAUCAUCACACAAUGAAAUGGUCACAGGGAGCGAGUAUGGGAUUGCUUCCAGUGGCACCUGGGAUUGCUGGAUUGGCGGCAGGGCUAGCCUUCUGGCAUUCUAAUCAGACUAGAGGUCAAUGGAAGGAUACAGAGGAGAAGCUGAAUGGGAAUUUCAAAUGGUAUGCUUUGGGGAGAACACCGAAAUGGUCUUUUGAGCAGUCGCCACCUUAA